AUGGAAGCAUUAUUUUCUGGUUUAAACAAUUUUUUUCGCGAUGAUGACAUUCUGAAGGAAUCAGAACAUUCAUCAGAGUUGAGAACUGUGCGCAACUUCUUCAUUCUUAAUUUGGCACUUUCCGAUUUUUUUGUAUGUACUGUUACAGCACCAACGACGGUGUACACCGUUCUUUACGUUUUCUGGCCGUUCAGUCGCCCUUUAUGCAAAAUUGCCGGAAGUCUGCAAGGAUUUAACAUUUUUCUGUCCACAUUUUCAAUAACUGCAAUUGCAUUAGAUAGGUAUGUAUUGGUGAUUUUUCCGACAAAAAGACAACGACAGCAAAAUCUUUCAUUAAUUUUUUUCUCGUUAAUUUGGCUGGCAUCUAUUCUGCUAGCUGCUCCACUCUUCCUAGCUGCUGAUAUCAGUCCAAUUUUUCAUGACUCCCAAUGUGGCAUUGAACUUAACUUGUGCAAUGAGCAGAAUGAGCGAUGGAAGGAGCUCUUGAUAAGCAAAGAAGCUUAUACAGUAGGUGUUAUUAUUCUUCAAUAUUUGCUUCCUCUUGCUUCGAUAGCAUUUGCCUAUUCGCGUAUUGCACGAAGAAUGGGUACUAGGAAGUCUUUUCGGUGUGCAAGUGGCGGACGUGAAAGCCGAAAGAACAGUAACACUCCAGUGUUUGGUUCCAACAGGAGUUCUUUCAAUCGUCAAAUAGCAUCUGGAGGCGCUACUUCUUUCAUUGCAUCAGAUAAUGGACAUAAGCACUCUAGCAAUAAGCAACCGUUGGUUAUCUCUACUAAUGGCGAAUAUUCUCAGACGAAUGGAAAUCUCCAGAACGUAAAUCCUUCUGCUGAAAUAUUGCUAAAGCAAAGGAGAAAGUACACACAAUUAUUUAAUUAUAGAUCAAUUGCUGACAGACAUCGCCGCACAAAUAUGUUGUUGGUUACACUUGUUGUUGUUUUUGCUUGUGCAUGGCUGCCAUUAAACAUAUUUCAUGCGUAA